AUGGGAAACCACUGCAGUGGAUCUUCACCGAAACAAACGAAGGAUGGCGACGGAUCAGGGGAGAAGGCAAAUAGGACUUCAGGCUAUGAAAUCUCCAAAACACGAACUAUCGGUACGGAAACCACAAUGUCAACACUUGAAAAAAGCGUUCAAUGCCAGUUAUCUGAUCCUGUAGGCAGGAAAAAUAUCAAUCUAACAUGUGGAUCUACGUGCUCCUGCUUUCCCAACAUACCAGUUUAUCAACAAUCACCAUUUGCAUGCCCUGUCAGGCCUUAUCAAGGUGAUGUCCUCUGUCGGUGCAUUCAGAAUUUUGAAAAUGAGAUUUCCAAAGGAAUUGCAUUCUCAACCCCCCGUGUUUCCCAUGGUUCUCAGAUUCUUGUGAUAGGACCACAGUUCAAUCGCCCGCAAUCGAAUACCGUCUCACAAAAUGAGCAAACCCGAAGAGAUAUCAGUGAAUUUUUUAAUGUUUGUCAUCCUACGGCAUAUGACCAACAAAGGGAAUGUCUGAAGUUCAAUACGCAUUCCACCAUAAAACCGCAAGAAUCCCAGGACGCAGACCAAAGCAUCAACCUGCUUCAUGAAAGCCAGACUGUUAAAUUCACUGAUCCAAACCGACCAAUCACGACUCAAAAUUACAACAGCUCCCUUUCUUAUCAGCCACAGGCUCUAUACAAGAAUCGAUGGACUGACAAACCCUCAACAAAUUGUCAUCACCAGGAAUGUAAGCAACUAUACCUUCGAAGUUUGCUCAACAACGGGGACACGGAUCGACUGUUUGUUCAUGACAGGGCGAAAUCAGCUCCAAACCUCUUGUCCCACAAUCAGUCACCAACACCUGCGUAUCUUCAGAAUGACAAACAGUCUCCCGAAAAUCUAAAACCAGAAUGUAAGGAGCGGCUCAGCCGAAGUAAUUCCUGCAGCGCAAUAUCUGAGGGACAUGGAAGUGCUGUGAAUGCAGGGAAAAAUUUUUACAACCCAACAAAGUGGUUUGCGUAUUCGCCGUCUCUGAUCCGUCAGACGACUCCGAGUUCUCCCGUGGUUGAACAGACCAAUCAAACCUACUCGCCGCUCAUGCUCGCUGCGAACACUUCGUACAACGCGACCGAAUUACCCGUGAUUGGUUCCCAUCAUGAUGUUCAAAUGGGCCAUCCAAAAACGAACCAACCUAGACCAGGAUCGAUUUCUAUCCAGGAAGAGUACUCUUGUUUGAGAGAUAUAUCCUGUUCGCCGAUGUUUGAAAUAAAUCCUUUUGUGUGCAAUACGCAAACGUUCAGGGAUAGAUGGCCCAGGCAGCGCCAUUCAGAACGCAUACUUGCAAAUACCAAGAAAUUGUCCUCUGUACCACUCAGUGCAGAAUUUCAUGAAUGUAAUAAACAAUCCGGGAUGUCAGACAGUUGUGUGCCAAGCAUAAAUCACCAUCUAAUAGGAGUCACGUCACCAACGCAUCCUGAUUCAUGCGAUUCAAAAGAAAUUUCUUGUUCACACGCAUUGCCUGGUCAUUGUGCCAUGCAACACAGAACAAGUCAAGUUGAUGCGUUACAAAGUUUGUCAGGUUUUUGCAACCUACAACCAAUUUCUCAUGACUGUUCCUCACCCUGUCAAAAACCACGGCCACCACCCAGGGUCUCACCAAGAACCAAAACUGUUCUGAUCAAGGAAAGUAACAGUCCCGGUAAACGAUCACGAUCAGGCAGUCAGACCGACAUACGAAAACAUGGCAAAGUUGAUUGUAAUGUAUCAAACACAAGUAUCUUUUAUUCCAGUCAACCACGUGAUCCGUUCAAGCAUCGAUUUUUCCUCAAAGAUUUUCAUGGCAUCGAUAAGGUUCUGGCUGAUCCGACAGAUCGUCGAAUACGUGCGAUAUGCGAUCGAUUCCGCUGUGACCUGGAAAUCUACUCUAAAGUCCCCAAAAAUGGCUAUAUGCAGUACAUAAUCGAUAUCUCAUCACCAUCGAUCUGGGCCCUUCAUUCCUGUACACGUGCGCUGGACUCUUCUCUGAAAUGGUGUCUCUCUCCACAGCUAUUUCGAAUCAACGCGAAUGGAGCCAUUACGAAG